AUGGAGAAGAAAGGAAAAAAGAAAGGAAGGACUAUUAUACCUUCAGCCAAUGCAGAUCGACAUGGUCUAGGUUUGCAUGGCGCAAAUGCAGGGUCUAACAUCACACCCCAAUCUGGAUUUGCGCCCUCCGAUGCCACUACUAAUGCAAUUGUGCAACUCGCUCAAUCUCAAACUCAGCAUCGGUCUGACAGGAAUACUCUCGAAAGAUUGGCAGAUUCAGCUGAUGGCUCCAGACAGUUUCCAUUGGCUCAACCUCCACUUGCCAGAAGUACCACAGUAACACAUCAGUCUAAUCCUGCCACCUUUGAACAUCGGCCUGAAGCUGCACUACAAGGGUUCAAUGCACGCGAUGCACUUGCAGAUGCUGCCGCUGCUGCCGACCGACAACCUUCUCUAGCAAGGGCUCGGCUAUCUUUACAACCUCAUGCAACGACAUUUUCAAAUCGGCCUGUCAAUCCUCAAGCUCUACCAUCUACCAUAUCACAAGGCGCUCGCUCUCCCGUUUCCAAAGCCAGACAUGCUAUACCUGUAAGACAUCAGCCACAAAUUAACCUCGGUCCUACUCCAACACAGCCUCGACCAUCGUCGGUGACAAUACCAACCAACAGCAUUGCACAAACAGAGGUCAUCGAUGCACAAAUACAACGUGCUCACAAUUCUCUUAGUACAGCCACUGAUUCUGUCUGCCGUGAUCAAUCUCACCAAAAUAGUUCUGGUGCGAGUCAUAACGGUAGAUCAAAACUCUCGGAACAAUCUGUCCGAGUACCAUACGCUGCGUCAAAGCCUGACCUCGGGCAUUCUCAGAAGAAGAAUCCCGCCCGGCACUUCCAGAUAUCAUCCACGAAACCUGCAUUGUUGUUUCGCAGCGGCGGCCAAGACGAUACUACCGCGCUUUUAGCUUGGAACACAGGGAAGCAAUGGCUGUCCGAACCAGGGACUGGAAGAGGUUCGGUUUUUGAUUUUUUUGGCAGCAAUCAGCCUCCAGUAGGUUUGGAGCAGUCUUCUGAUCCGCGACGCCCAUCAUCAAAACCUGAGGAUACCGGACUAAAGUUUUAUACCCGUCUUCAGAAGAGUCGCGGUAUUCCUUUUAGUCAAAACGCCUUGGAAAUACCUCCAAUUGAGCUCAAUAUUGGAGUAUCUGGAGUAGCUCAGUCUUAUCAUCAGGACGUCACUCGACGACCGAGCGACGACACUCCGCGACUGCCCAAACGCGUUUCUGCUAAGCGCAAGGCAAGCACUGCCGAACCUGACCGCAAUGUAGCUACCAAGCGGCACCGUCACAUGUCUAGAGGCAGCCCAGACCCUCUUCCAAAUGGUGAUCCUGAGCCUGCUACUAGUAAUCCCCUCGAUCAACGCACGUUCGCCGUUUAUCCUCCAGCACCACCCGAUCACGCGGCGUCCGCCUCGAUGUUUCCUCCGAUCACGAUCAAUCAGCCAAAAACUCAGAGUCAACCUUCCAUGUUACUGAUGCCAUCACAUCACCUUCCCGCACCUCCUGCCGAAACCAACGAUCACAAUCCGUUCUUCAAUGCCAAGGUCCAACGUUUCCAGGAGGAAAAUAUCCACCUAAGAGGACAAACCGCGAACCUACAAAUAUUGUUAAGUCAAGCCAACCAGCAAGUUUCGGACUGGUCAGCCACAUCAAGAGAACUCGAUCGUCGCGAACAUGAAUUAAACGCUAGAUGUCGAAUUCUUCAUGUUCGGGUGCAGGAGCUAAACUCUCAACGCGAGGUUUUAGAUAAUCGAGAGCGUGACCUAGAUGGUAGGGAAAAAAGCAUCGAAAAUGUGGAACGAGAAAUGGCGAAAACAGAGGAGCGACUCCGGCGAAGAUCUCACCAACUCGAACAUGACUUUGAACAACAAGAGGCAUUUCUAGUGGAGGCAAUUGAACGGGGCAUCGAUAUCAAUAGUGCACGGCUUGAGCAGCAGAUAUUGAUAGAUCAUGGUGUUGUUUGUGAUCGUCGACGCACGCGAUGUCGUGAUGCACAAGAGGGGCAAGCGGAGGAGGCAGCUGAUGGUGACGAAGGGCACGAUGGGGAGGAUACAACUGAUGCGAGUGAGGACAAAGACGAGAACGACCAAGACGCGAAGGACUCGGGAACUGGAGAGUGA